ACGAUGGUGCUGGCCAGUGGUGGCCAGGAUGGCGCCAUCUGCCUCUGGGACGUGCUGACUGGCAGCAAGGUGAGCCACAUGUACGCCCACCGGGGGGAUGUCACCUCCCUCACCUGCACCACCUCCUGCGUCAUCAGCAGCGGCUUGGACGAUGUCAUCAGCAUCUGGGACCGAAGCUCGGGGAUCAAACUGUACUCCAUCCAGCAGGAGAUGGGCUGUGGCGCCAGCCUGGGCGUCAUCUCGGACAACCUGCUGGUGACAGGUGGUCAGGGCUGUGUGUCCUUCUGGGACAUUGGCUUGCAGACAGUGUACCUGGGCAAGAGCAACGAGUCGCAGCCGGCGCGGCAGAUCCUGGUGCUGGACAAUGCUGCCAUCGUCUGCAACUUCGGCAGCGAGCUCAGCCUGGUCUAUGUGCCCUCCGUGCUGGAGAAGCUGGACUGA